GCAGCGGGAAGCCAUCCCCCCUGUCCUAUUUCUGCCUCCCCAUGUAAGAAGUCCCUCUCCAGCCUUCCCAGAACAAUGGACCAGUAUCAGUGUGUUACUGGGAGAUUUCAGAGGUUUGGACAAGACUUCUUAAACAUCCCACAGACACAGACCAAAGCCAGAGAUUCAAAGAAUCCUAGAAUGGUUUGGGUUGGAUAAUCACCCCGUUCCAGCUCCCUGCACUGGGCAGGGACACAUUGUCCCAGAGCAGGCUGCUCCAAGCCCCAUCCAGCCUGGCCUGGAACAAUUCCAUGUCCGUGGUUGUGUUCAGAUGCCUGACAGCUCAAUCAUCCUGGCUUUGCCUUUCUGAGCACAGGGACACAGCCUCACUGGAGGCCUGGGAACCAGGAAAACACCUGUGCAGGUGUCAGCCAGAGUCAGCAAAAAGCCUGUAGCCAGAGCUCGACCUGGUGGAAAUGGAUGCUGCUGAUGGGGCUGUGAGAGGGCAGGGUCCUGCUGUCCUUGUGCAAGGCCUUUCAUUCCCAGCAGGGAGAGACCCCUGAAGGGCUCACACUGGACACACGUGGGCAGAGCAGAGGAGCCUGUUCACAGCUGCAGCACACCCUGGCAUCCCACACAGGUAUUCCUGGAAACCUGGAACUGGGAGGGCUUUGCCAGCACCAGGGAUCCUGGGAUUCUGUCCCUUUCAGCUCAGGAUAUUCCAUAUUUCUAUGAUUACAUGGCAUGAAGAUCAAGCUGGAGCAGUCAGAGCACGGUGACCUCUUCUUCACCAGCACCAUCCUUGCAAGUGUCCAAGGCCAGACAGGGCUUGGAGCAACCUGGAAUAGUGGAAGGUGCCCUGUCCAUGGCAGGGUGGAGAAUAAGAGCUUUAAAGAGCUUUAAAGUCCUUUCCAACCCAGAGAAUUCUGUGAUUCUAAAACACCUCUCUGAGAGGUCUGUGCCUGUUCAGGGAUGGGUGGAAUGUCCAUGCCUGUGGUGAACAGGCAGCCAGGGCUGAGGGAGAUAGAGAUAAGAGGGUCCUGUGUGCUGGCCUGGCCUGUUAAGGGACUCACAGGGCUUUCCCCAAUGACCGCACCUCAGUGCAGAGUGACCACUGCAUGGGGACCCGUGGGUGGGGACCCCCGCCCGUCCCAGCCAAUGGCCGCGCUGCAGGGGCCCGGCAGGGGCUGGCCUGGGGCAUAAAACCCGGCCCAGGCUCCGGGCUCGGCUCAGCUCCGUGUCCGCCUGCAGCCACCAUGGUGCACUGGUCAGCCGAGGAGAAGCAGCUCAUCACCAGCGUGUGGGCCAAGGUCAGCGUGGAGGAAUGCGGCGCCGAGGCCCUGGCCAGGCUGCUGAUCGUCUACCCCUGGACCCAGAGGUUCUUCUCUGACUUCGGGAACCUGUCCAGCCCCACGGCCAUCAUCGGCAACCCCAAGGUGCGUGCCCAUGGCAAGAAGGUGCUCACCUCCUUCGGGGAGGCCAUCAAGAACCUGGACAACCUCAAGGGCACCUACUCCAAGCUGUCCGAGCUGCACUGUGACAAGCUGCACGUGGACCCCGAGAACUUCAGGCUCCUGGGUGACAUCCUGGUCAUCGUUCUGGCCGCCCACUUCACCAAGGACUUCACCCCUGCCUGCCAGGCCACGUGGCAGAAGCUGGUGGGGCUGGUGGCCCAUGCCCUGGCCCGCAAGUACCACUGAGGCCUCGGUAGGCACCCGUGUCUGUAACGGGCAAUAAAAACCUCAUUUUCUGGAA